GUCUGAACAAGCAAGUGCAUUCUGGUCUCUACCGCUUUGAUACCUAUUUUACUUAUAGAAUACUCAUUGUACUAAGUACUAAACUUUAUCCAACUCGAGUAGGGGACGUGGCCUUCUUACAAAGAGCGGGGAACCAAAGGGGACCAGAGUACACGCGUUCAAUUGUGAGGUCAGUGUGCCUGUCAUAUUGAACCUCAAUGCCGUGGUACCGAACUGUUGUGUCUAUGAUACAUAUCUAAAGUCACCAUUUUCACACCAUUUCUGGCAGAUUUCUCUUUCUAUUCCAUCAAACAAGUGCUAGACAGUCAAUCGGCAAAGAGCUCCACUUCCUUGCGCAAUCAUCUAACGCAACCUGGUUUGAGCCCCCUGGUAGUAGAAUGAUGGCUCUUACUUGGUCCAAACAGCCACUGAAGGGUAUCUUCAUUGCCUUUCAUAUCUUCAAAACGCUCGCGUUCUUGCCUUGGCUUUUGAUCCGUUAUACUCCGAAAUCCGCCCGCCCCUUUCCGGAAUGGAGCUUGAAGCGUUGCGUUCUCAAUCCUCUGGUCAGACAGCUGCUCGUGUACUACACAGUGACCAAGUCAACCGCUAUGUCCCUAGUAGUCUCUGAUCAGAGGAAAGCAAAAGAACGCUAUGCCCUCGCUGAACCAGCGAAUGCAGAUCUGUAUUCGGGGGUGCUAGCGUCCGAUAUUGCGAAGCCGGCGCCGGUGGGUGGAAUCUGGUAUCCGACCCCGGUUUACGUGGGAUCACCUAACCUAGAUGAUGAGAAGGUUGUGCUGCAUUUCCCCGGUGGCGGGUUCGUUCUCGCGUUCGGGCAGGAAAUGUACGGCAAGGGUGUUGCGAGCGCCAUGUCUAAAUACUUAAAUGCAAACCGAACCUUUUACGCACAAUAUCGAGUUGCAACUGAUGACGCGACCCGUUUCCCCGCUGCUCUGCAAGACUUGGUUACCUUUUACAACUACAUACUAUCUUUAGGAGUGAAGCCAAGCAAUAUCAUUCUGUCUGGAGAUUCCGCAGCGGGAAACCUGGUGAUUGCGCUGUUGCGAUAUCUGGAGACCUCGCCGAAGCUUCCGUUGCCUAGAGGGGCUAUUGUCUGGUCUCCCUGGGUGCACGUAACACUGCAGGCCGGCAAAGACUUCAACGCGUGUAGAAAUACGACGAUCGACUCUUUGACUGGGCCCUUCCUUCAAUGGGGUGCCGAGGCAUAUUUUCCUAAGCAUGAACCUCCCUCGGAAGAGCUUGCUUACAUUUCGCCAUUGCAUCAUCCUUUCCGAACGAGAGUGCCAUUAAUAGUUCACGCUGGCGGAGCCGAAGCCUUUUACGACACUAUCGAAGAGUUCGCAAAACAGAUGAAUGCAAUAGACGGCAAUAACGUCCAAUUCUAUCCAAGUGAUUUGGUGACACAUAACCUGAUUCUGGCAUAUGGCGGAGCUGGGCUGGAACAUGAAGUAGAGAGUGUUUUACGAGACAUCUCUAGCUUCUUAAAAGUCUAGCUACUAUGACCGUUUAUUUCGGGCGCGAAAAAUUGAAUUAAUUAUGCGGUCACAAAGCCUACUCAAAUUACGCCAUACAACUAUCCCUCGUACCAGAACCUGCUUCUCUGAUUAUUCCACGACGGUCUAUUGGACGACUUUGCAAACGUAACCAUUGGGGAUGAGUUCCCAAGG